GUUCAAGCUUCCAGAGCAGUAUUUUAUCGUUUUUAAUUUUCUUUUGUUUCAGACUGUUGUACAUGGAAGCCACAGAACGUUGAUCUGUGACUAACUUGAAGUGGUUAUCAAGUAGCUUAUUUUUCCACCGAUGAAUGGCGCUUCUCAAUGGAAGAUAAGGUACGAGAAAAGUAAGCUAUUGGCCUGCCGUUUUGGUUUAAGGUAGCUGAGAUAGCUACCUCUGAAACACCCGUUUCAACUACUAACGGUACAUGAGGAUCGGCAGUGGUAAGUACUGAGCUCUUCAGUUCCUCCCUCAAAUCGUCAAAGGACUUUUGGUCGGAUGGUGGUAUGGGAAAUUGUAUGUUGUGAGCGAGAGCCAAUUUUAUCAGAGUAGUGUGGUAUGCGCUGGGAGUAGUAAGCGAACAUCUCUGUCACUCUCUGUUGAGCCUUGAUGUCGAUGGGAGGACGCAAUUCUUGCAAAGGCUUUAAUCGUUCGGGAUCGGGCUUAAUUAUUCCUUUCGAAAUUUCAUACCCUAGAAGUCAGAUCUGCUUGACUCCGAACACGUUUUUUGCGUGAUUCUCUGGAUAAGAUCACGCUACAGCGGAACGAUGAAACCCACCGUUUCUGCUGACUCAGCCGCUGACCACAAAGCCACAGGAAGCGAGGAUCCUGGGAGAAACGCUUUAGAGAUUGAAUUAAAGCAAGUUGAGGAAGAUAUUCAGACACUGAAGGACACGUUAGCAGUCAAAGUGCGGCGUGCGAACGAGAUCAAAAAGCUUCUCGGAUACACCACCCUCUCAACCUUGCAACACGAUAUCAUGGAGAGCGUACACAAGUUGGAAGAUACGGAGGCGUACUUGAGAACUUCCCAAUUCAUCUCAACGGCGAAAGAUAAAACAAUCACUGUCGCUCAAGAAGCGAAGGAAAAAGUAGGCUCGACGAUCAGCGCAUUAAAGAAUUCAGAAACAGUAAAAAAUAUAACCGAGAAAGUGGGGUCGACUUAUUCCACCGUUAAGGAUGCGCUGAUUCACUCCACAUACGGUCACCCACCAGAUGACUGAUAAUCGGCAAUCCACUCGUCUUUCAAAUACCGGUUCUCUUUCUCUGGAUGCACUGUUGCAUGUGGUUUUUGACGAACUGCACCUGAGUUUCAUUUUCAAGCAAAUAAACGUGAUUCAAUGAACCAGUUCAA